AUGCACAGGAAGAACCUCACAGAGGUGACAGAGUUUGUUUUCCUGGGAUUCUCCAGAUUCCAUGAACACCAGAUCACCCUCUUUGUGGUUUUCCUCAUCCUGUACACAUUAACCCUAGCUGGUAAUGUCAUCAUUGUGACCAUCAUCCGCAUUGACCAUCACCUCCACACCCCCAUGUACUUCUUCUUAAAUAUGCUGGCUAGCUCAGAGACAGUGUAUACACUGGUCAUCAUUCCACGGAUGCUCUCCAGCCUUGUAGCCCAGAACCAGCCAAUCUCCCUAGCAGGUUGUAUCACCCAAAUGUUCUUCUUUGUUACCUUGGCCAUUAACAACUGCUUCUUGCUCACAGCAAUGGGGUAUGACCGCUAUGUGGCCAUCUGCAACCCCCUGAGAUACACAGUCAUCAUGAGCAAGAGGGUAUGUGUGCAGCUGACAUGUGGAGCCUUUGGCAUUGGCCUGGCCAUGGCAGCUGUCCAAGUGACAUCCAUAUUUACCUUACCCUUUUGUCACAGAGUGGUUGGUCAUUUCUUCUGUGAUAUCCUCCCUGUCAUGAAACUUGCCUGUACUGAUACCACUAUCAAUGAGAUAAUCAACCUUGUUGUCAGUUUAUUUGUAAUCCUAGUCCCCAUGGGCCUGGUCUUCAUCUCCUAUGUCCUCAUCAUCUCCACUAUCCUCAAGAUUGCCUCAGCUGAAGGCCGGAAGAAGACCUUUGCCACCUGUGCCUCCCACCUCACUGUGGUCAUUGUCCACUAUGGCUGUGCCUCCAUUGCCUAUCUCAAGCCCAAGUCAGAAAAUUCUGUAGAACAAGACCUCCUUCUCUCGGUGACCUACACCAUCAUUACUCCUCUGCUGAACCCUGUUGUUUAUAGCCUUAGGAACAAGGAGGUCAAGGAUGCUCUAUGCAGAGCAGUAGGCAGACACAUUUCUUAA